CAUGAUUUCGUUUCAGUCUUUAUUUUUCGUACUUGGUCAAAUGUUCUAAUUUGUCUCCUCAGUUCGAAAUUAAUUUUGCUGAAGGUUAUUUUCUUUGUCUAUCUUUGAUAAUGUUGUGGCAAAAAGAAGAUAGUUCGUGUUUGUACAUAAAUUUAUUUAAAAAUUCUGACUAUUAUUUGCGUGAGAAAUACGCGUUGAAUAAAAAGAAAAGCAACGUUUCUUCACUUUGUGCUCGAACGGAUGGAAAUCGACUAUAUGCCGGCAAUGAUUUUGAAGGGGCACUAACAAAGUACAACUUAAGCAUUCGUUUGGCUGAAGAUUCAGAAACUUUAAGUUUGGCCUACGCAAACCGUGCACAGUGUUAUUUGAAAAUGCAUCGAUACAAUUUUUGUUUGUCCGACGUUCAUUUAGCGAAAGAAGCUGGCUAUCCCACAAAUUUAAUGACAAAACUACAGAGCCGUGAGCGAGAGUGUUUGAAAAAUAUGGACGAUCGAAUCGAAAUGCAACCGGUGAUCAGCAUUCAACCUGACGACCUUCAAGUUAACAGUGCCGUACGAAUUGAAAAAGAUGAUGUGUUCGGUAGGAUGCUUAUAGCUAAGCAAGACAUUAAUAUUGGCGACACAGUUCUAAUUGAAGAAAUGUACAUUCGCACAGUGACUGACUGUAAAAUUGAUAAAUGUAACAGAUGUGGUGAAAAGAACGUAAAUUUUAUCCCGUGUAAAAAUUGUUCCAGUGUCAUGUAUUGUAGCAAAACUUGCGCUGACAACGUUUUUCACGAAAGCGAAUGUGAUAUAGUUCUUGGAACGAUGGAAUGUAUCGACGAAUUGAUUUUCACUAUACGAUCUGUUGUUACUGCCAUAAACACAUUCUCAACAGUCGAUGAAUUGAUUUCAUUUAUUCAGAAAUGUUCAAGCGUUAUCUAUGACUGUACUGGGUCUGACGAAUCGAAAUAUGGCGCGUUCUUCCAAUUAUCGUCUGGCGUUGUAUCCAAUGCCCGAAUCCUCGAUUGCCUAGAGAAGGCAUACUACGUAUUCAAUGCCGUCAUGAGCUCAUCAAAGCUACAAAAUAAAUUUGGGACAACAGCUACACAACGGUUUUUGAUGCAUCUGAUUGUCCAUCAUUAUUUCGUCUUGUGUACAAAUUCAUUUGGAUACACAACUAAUGGGGCCCAUGUUCGCGAGAUUUCAUUAAAUUCGUCGUACAUAAAUCAUUCUUGUUUGCCGAAUGUUGGAAAACUUAGUAAGGGAAAUAUUACUGUGUGCAAAGCGAUAUUACCGGUUCGAAAAGGGGAGCAGCUUUUUGUGACGUACUUGGCUGACAACGUAUUUCGUAUGACAAGCAAGGAGCGUAAUGAUCAGCUUGACGAUUCGUAUGGGUUUCGAUGCAAAUGUUUUCUAUGUACUAACGGGUGUAUGCGAGCAGAUGCACUAGAAAAGGACCCGUUGUUCAUUUAUGUCAAGGUCAACGCAAUGAAAGUGGAAGAAAAUUGUGACAUCGAACUAAUACGAAAUGUAAUUCAGCAUUGCAUCAAGUUUGCACUCAAAUAUUCGAAAAUGAUUGGGACAGAGGAAUUGUAUUAUAUCACUGAGACCUUGAACGCACUUUUAUCAAAAGAAUUAAAAUAUAUGAAUUAACUCUUUCGUAGCCAAA